AUGGCAGAUGUGGAAGCUAUGUUCCACCAGGUCCGAGUCCGACCUCCUGAUUGCGAUUCCUUGCGAUUUCUGUGGUGGCCGGAUAAUGAUCUUAGUAACGAACCGGCAGAGUAUCAGAUGAUGGUGCAUCUCUUUGGCAGUGUUUCAUCCCCCACCUGCGCGAAUUUCGCCCUGCGACAAACGGCAGACGACAACAGCGAGCAAUUCGACAACGAAACGGUCAACACGGUCAAGCGAAAUUUCUACGUCGACAAUUGCCUCAAGUCAUCUGAGAAUGAGCAAGCAGCAAUCACCACAGCAGAGCAGUUACGCCUUCUUCUCUCUAAAGGUGGAUUCCGUCUGACGAAGUGGCUGUCGAACUCCAGAAGAGUUAAUAGAGUCAAUUCCAGAAUCCGAAAGAUCCAAAUUGGUAAAGGAAAUUCGUCUCGGAGAGCUGCCUACAGAACGCGCCCUCGGAGUGUUAUGGGAUUUACAAUCAGACACAUUCGGAUUCGCAAUCACGGUCAAGGACAAACCGUUUACAAGACGAGGAAUCUUAUCUGUCGUGUCAUCUGUGUAUGA